AUGGCUGAAGCAGUCUGUUCAGGAGCCUCUGCCCGUGUUACUGGGCAGCACACACCAGUCUUGCUGCAAAUGACUACUGGCCUACAUGCUGCCGUUGCUGCUGCUGCCAGGUCUCUAGUGAUCCCAGAGAAGUUCCAGCACAUUUUGCGAGUACUCAACACUAACAUGGAUGGGCGGCGGAAAAUAGCCUUUGCCAUCACUGCCAUUAAGGGUGUAGGGCGAAGAUAUGCUCAUGUGGUGUUGAGGAAAGCAGACAUUGACCUCACCAAGAGGGCAGGAGAGCUUACUGAAGAGGAGGUGGAGCGUGUGAUCACCAUUAUGCAGAAUCCACGCCAGUACAAGAUUCCAGACUGGUUCUUGAACAGACAAAAAGAUGUGAAGGAUGGGAAAUACAGUCAGGUUCUGGCCAAUGGUCUGGACAACAAGCUCCGUGAAGACCUGGAGCGACUGAAGAAGAUCCGUGCCCACAGAGGGCUAUGCCACUUUUGGGGCCUUCGAGUUCGAGGCCAGCACACCAAGACCACUGGCUGCCAGGGCCAUGCUGUGGGUGUGUCCAAGAAGAAAUAA